CCCUCCUAAGUUCACGACACUUAGUAGACAUAUAUAUAGCAGCAAUACUAAUCUAGCAGCCGAUCUAGAUUCGAUAACGCAAAAGAACAGCAGUUUCAUACUUUCCCUAUUGGCCAAAUUACCGUACUCUCAUCCAAAUACCCACGUCGACCACGUUUUCCAGAAUGGCGUCUUCUGAACCAACCUCUCGGGCUCUAUCUGUUAGCUCCACUCUUUCGUCAGCAAUUGCUUCCCUUGAGAACGACCAAAACUUGCGCAAGCAAAUCAAAGAGUCCGUUGAACCUAUCGAGGACCUUGCACGAUCAGCUUGGAGUGAGAUUAACAAGAUCCACUCUGCUCCUGCUUCCCAGCACCCUGAUAUCUGCAACAGCUCAUUGGAAGUGAUUAAAAAGAUUGCCCCCUUGUGGGUCGGUGUAGCUGAACUCAUUCCGCAAGGAGAGUUUUACCGGUACCUUUAUGCAGUAGGCCCCAUUAUGAGGAGCCUCACGACCAGCAUUGUGUUUGCUCGAUUUAUGCUCCAUGACGAGUUGACACCUGCUUUCACAGUGUCUAGUUUGAUUGGACUGGAACAAGAAGAGACCAAGGACCUUGUGCUUUCCGCUGAAGAUUAUCUUCAAGGUGUGAUCGGUGCUGUUAACGAGCUUCCGAGGUUGUCAAUUAACGCUGUCACCUCGCAAAACUUUGAAUUGCCCGUCAAGAUUGCUGCCUUUGUCAACGACAUCUUUGCCAGCUACUCUCUUUUGAACCUACGAAACGAUGCUCUGCGAAGGCGAUUCGAUUCGCUCAAAUAUGACCUUAAGAGGUGCGAGGACGUUGUUUACGACUUGACCUUGAGAGGUCUUGCUCCUGCGCCCAAGGCGUAAGUCAUGCUGUAGAUACUUCAGAUCGCUUUACAGGGAAAAACGGACAUAAAUCAAAAUGUAAUAUACAUAUGCAUCGCA